AUGGCAUCGACGGCGACGGCUACAUCCAACCCCGACAAGAGCGGGCCAGCAGAGCGCAAGUACAGCUGCGAGUGGCGUGGCUGUGGGCAGUCGUUUGACCGCAUCGAGCACCUGAACCGACACAAGCGUCGGCACACCGGCGAGAAGCCGUACCGAUGUCUAGUAUCCAAGUGUGCGAAACUGUUUAGCCGCUUCGACAACAUGAUGCAGCACGUCGGGAUCCAC